AUGGCUUCAUCUGAUGUUGCCCGACAAAUGGUAAGAAAAACUGCCCGUCCUUUAGCUCUGUCUGGUCAUGUUGGCUUUGACAGUUUGCCAGAUCAACUUGUGAAUAAAUCGACAAACCAGGGUUUCUGUUUUAACAUUCUCUGCAUCGGCGAAACUGGUAUCGGUAAGUCCACGUUGAUGGACACGCUUUUUAACACGAACUUCGAGAACUUUGAGUCGUCUCACUUUGAGCCGAAGGUGAAGCUGAGGGCUCAGACGUACGACCUGCAGGAGAGCAACGUCCGACUGAAGCUCACCAUAGUCAACACCGUGGGCUUUGGAGACCAGAUGAACAAACAGGAGAGCUACCAGCAUAUUGUGGAUUAUAUCGACACCCAGUUUGAGUCUUACCUGCAAGAGGAGCUGAAAAUCAAACGCUCCCUCCAUAACUAUCACGACUCUCGCAUUCACGCCUGCCUGUAUUUUAUUGCCCCGUCUGGCCAUUCUCUCAAAUCUCUGGAUUUAGUGACCAUGAAGAAGCUGGACAGUAAGGUCAACAUCAUUCCCGUCAUUGCCAAGGCGGACACCAUCUCAAAGAGCGAGUUGCACAAGUUCAAGAUUAAAAUCAUGAGUGAGCUGGUCAGCAAUGGCGUUCAGAUCUACCAGUUUCCUAUCGACGACGAGACAGUCGCACAAAUCAACACCAUCAUGAAUGGCCAUCUCCCCUUUGCUGUGGUGGGGAGCACGGAGGAGGUGAACGUCGGCAACAAAAUGGUUAAAGCCAGACAGUACCCCUGGGGAGUGGUACAAGUGGAGAAUGAGAACCACUGUGACUUUGUGAAGCUGAGAGAGAUGUUGAUCUGUGUGAACAUGGAGGACCUGCGAGAGCAGACACACACCCGUCACUACGAGCUGUACCGACGCUGUAAACUUGAGGAGAUGGGCUUCAAGGACACGGACCCUGAGAGCAAACCUGUCAGCCUGCAGCAGACGUACGAGGCGAAGCGGCAGGAGUUUGUGGGGGAGCUGCAGAGGAGAGAGGAGGAGAUGAGGCAGCAGUUUGUCCAGAGAGUGAAAGAGAAGGAGGCUGAGUUAAAAGAGGCUGAGAGAGAGCUGCAGAGCAGGUUUGAGCAGCUGAAGAGAUUGCACAUGGAGGAGAGAAACAAACUGGAGGAGAAGAGGAAGACGCUGGAGGACGACAUCAGCUCGUUCGGCAAACGGAAGGCUGCCACAGAGCUGCUACAGGCCCAGUCACUCAACGCCAACAUCAAAAAAGACAAAGAUCGCAAGAAGUAA